AUGGCACCAGUUGCACUCGUAACACUUCUUCGCAAACGAGAAGAAAUAAAAGACCGUGCCACAGCCUCUAUCCAGUGGCUACAAUCAGUGCGUGAAAAUCCAGAUUUUGAUGAGGUCGAGGUGAAACGAGACAGCAUUAAACAGCAAAUAGAAUCCUUGUCGAAUAUCCAUGACAAAAUCAUGGAUAAAGACACAGAGGAACAGGCUCCAACUAACAAAUCGGAGCUCAAACAAAUCGAAGCAGAUCUGGAGAAAGGCUUAGCAUUAGCCCAGAAACUCAUGCGGAAGACCGCAGAGAUAGAACGAGCAGCAACGAACAGUACUGCCCAGCUUCUAACUCCACACAACAGCUUCAUGAGUGCACACACGCCAAUCAACGCUCCUCUUCAACAACAGCUGAGACUCCCAAAGCUGAAUUUACCUACAUUCGAUGGUAGCAUCGAAGACUGGGCCGAAUUCAAGGAUAAAUUUGAAACAUCGGUCCACAACAACGAUUCUGUUGCUGAAGUUUACAAGCUACAAUACUUACUUGCCAAUGUCCCCGGGAAGGCAAAACGAGCUGUGGCAUCAAUGGGAGGAUCACAACAAAAUUACGAAGAUACAUGGAAUUUGCUGAAGAACAAGUACGAUAAUCCAAGAAAGAACAUCUUGAGGCAUAUCGGACUCCUGAAGUCAAUCUCCAAACUACAACGAGAUACCCCAGACGCUCUUGAGGAUCUAGUUGACACCGUGCGUCAACAUUUGAGUGCUUUGAAGAACCUGGAGCAACCAAUCGACAAGUGGGAUUCCUGGAUCAUCCAUUUAAUAUCCUGUAAAAUCAGUGCUCAGACUUUUCACCAGUGGGAAACCGAGUUGAAAAACAAGGGAAUGUGUUCAUACACUUCAUUACUCGAAUUUCUCGAAGUACGUGGUACCUGCUCCAGUGCAAUCCAACCAACAACUUCGUCAGUGAUAACCAAAGAACGACCAAGGAAUUCAAAAGGUCAGGCAAAUUCCAAGACCCAAUCAUUCGCAACAAUGUAUCAAAAGGGGUGUGCAGUGUGCUCAGGGGAGCACAGAGUGAUGGAUUGUGGAGACUUCUUGAAGAUGCCAGUCCCCAAACCAGCAGAGCCAGCGGCAAUAGCAUUCAAACUGGAGAUAUCAGAUGAUUUAAUCACCACUGCGAUCGUCAAGGUAUUUGGCAAUCAGCAGAAGCCAGAGCUCUGCCGUGCUUUACUCGACACGGGAUCAUCUACAAACUUCAUUAUCAGUGAUCUCGCAGCAAAGCUGAGCCUGAAGAAAAUAAAGAUGGCAGUUCCAGUCGGGAGCAUCAACGACAACACAACAAUGUCUCAUCACUCCACUUCCGCUAAAAUUCAAUCGUGUUCCAAUGACUUCAAGAGAGAGCUCCAUUUUCGCAUCGUGCCAAUAAUUUCCAAGCGUACUCCUGAUCAGCAAGUGCCUCGUCAUCUUCUAGGCAUACCUGGGAACAUCAAAUUGGCUGAUCCAGAAUUCCACAAGCCAGCAGCAUUGGAUCUCAUCAUCGGAUCAGGUACCUCGUUGGCAGCUCUCAGUGGAGGUCAAAUCAAGUUGUCCUCAACGCAAGACUCAGACCUCAUUCUCCAAAAAACUGUGUUCGGUUGGAUCAUCGGUGGCAACAUGCCGGGCAGCAAUGCCCACGUUGCAAGGUGCAAUCAUCUGUGUCUCCUGGACGAAGUGAAACGGUUCUGGGAAAUUGAAGAUGGGCUUCAAUCUCACGAGCCGUCGGAACAGGAGAAUCUGUGUGAGGAACACUUCCUCAAUCAUGUGACGAGGAAUGAGGAAGGGCGAUAUGUGGUCGCUCUCCCAUUCAACAACAAGAUGCACCAACUCGGCUCCUCUCGCAGGCAAGCUGAACAAAGACUCUACGGGCUGGAGAGACGUUUCAAGCAGAAUCCAGAUUUCAAACGGCAAUACUCCGCAGUAUUAGAAGAGUACCUGCAACUGGGGCACAUGAAGAAGGUGGAAGACGAGAUAGAAGAGGGCUUGUAUCUCCCACAUCAUUCAGUGAUCAAAGAAACCAGCCUUACUACUAAGGUUCGUGUGGUGUUUGACGCUUCCGCUGCCUCCAGCACCAAGGUGUCUCUCAACAAUGCGCUCAUGGUCGGGCCGACUAUUCACGAUGACAUAUUCUCCCUCAUCUUGCGAUUCAGGUUUCACAACUACGUUUUAACGGGAGACAUCGAGAAAAUGUACCGUCAAGUACUGGUACGCCCUGAUGAUCGCAAGUACCAGAGAAUCCUAUGGAGAGACGACAAUGAUCAGGUAGCGGCCUAUGAACUCCAGACAGUCACCUUCGGAGUAGCUUCUGCGCCUUACCUGGCUGUCAGAUGCCUCCAACAACUGGCCGACGAUGAACGAGAGAGGUAUCCAAUUGCCUCAACGGUCUUAAAACGAGACCUCUACGUGGACGAUGUGCCCACCGGUGCAGACACUCUUGGAGAAGCAGUGCAGCUUCGUGAUGAUUUGAUCUCUCUCCUAAAGUGUGGUGGUUUCAAUCUUCGUCAGUGUGCUUCAAAUCAUCCAGAGCUUCUUCAAGGACUCCCGGACUCCACUGUCAACCUUCAAUUGCUCAAUGGAGACAACUCAACGUUGAAAACAUUGGGUGUACGAUGGAAUUUCAACCGUGAUGAAGUCAUUUAUUCAGUGUGUCCCAUCGCUACAAAGGACAAGACAACGAUGAGAACAAUUUCAUCAGACGUCGCGAGGAUAUUUGAUCCUCUUGGAUUACUCAAUCCAGUGGUGGUCCAGGCAAAGCUCAUCAAGCAGGAUCUGUGGCGUCUCAACCUCAAUUGGGAUGAAUCUGUGCCGAAGGACGUUCAAACGAGAUGGCAAGAGUUUGCCCAUGAACUUCCUCUUCUCAACGACCUUGCGUUCAAACGUAAGGUUCUGCAAGAUAGUGUCAAGGACGUCCAAUUACACGGAUUCUGUGAUGCGAGCCAGAAGGCUUACGGUGCGUGCAUUUACGUCAGGACUACUUCCAGUGACAACCGUGUGGACUCUCAACUGCUGUGUGCAAAAUUGCGCGUGACUCCGUUGAAAAACAUUCAAACGAUACCGCGACUUGAACUGUGUGCCGCGCUGUUACUCGCGCAAAUGUAUUCGACCGUGUGUCAAAUAAAUGUGAAUAUUGAUCGUGUUGUGUUCUGGACAGAUUCGUCCACUGUGCUGCAUUGGGUCAACACUAGAUCUGAAUCACUGAAAACUUUCGUGAAAAACAGAGUGACACAGAUUCAAGAAAGGACCAACGCUAGAGACUGGAGACACGUCCGAACGCACGAGAACCCUGCCGACGCCAUCUCCAGGGGACAAUCACCUUCCGAGUUCCUGAAGAAUCAUCUCUGGAUGAGUGGACCACCAUGGCUCACCGGGGGAGAGAAGGAGUGGCCUUCUCUACCACUAUCGUUCCCUAAUCAAGUGCCAGAGACUCGCAAACAGACUUGUCUCACCACCGUGGGGUACAAGAUUUCUAAGUGUCGUCUCAUUGAACUCUUCACGAGACAUUCAUCCAUCAUCAAGAUCCAGAAAAUCAUCGCUCGGAUUUUACGCUGGAGAGUCCAUAAGGAAGAUCGUCCCAAGGAAAAGUUCAUCUCAGCCGCAGAGAUCCAACGUGCCUUCAUUCCUACCAUGAGGCUGAUUCAAGGUGAUCAUUUCAAGAAGGAGUUGGCUGAUCUCAAGGACAUCAAAUCAGUCAAGUCAACUAGUCCACUGCUCCAGCUGAAUCCUUUCAUCGACUCUGAUGGUCUAAUCAGAGUGGGAGGCAGAAUUCAACGUUCUGAUUUACCAUUCAAUCAGAAACACCCUCUCGUGCUACCCAAAAAUUCUGCUGCUACGCGAUUGAUUAUCGAAUGGGAACAUCGCAACUGCCUACACGCUGGAAUCCAGAGCACCCUUUACAGCAUCCGCGAACGCUUUUGGUUGUUGGAUGGAAAAAACCGAGUUCGCCAAGUCAUCAAAAGUUGUCACCGAUGCAUCCGUGCUAAACCUCCUGAUGUUGAAUAUCAGAUGGGCGUACUACCGAGAGAAAGGGUGACAGCAACACGACCAUUCUACAAUACCGGUGUGGACUACUGUGAUCCAUUUUUCGUGAAGGAGAAGAAGCUCCGCAAUCGUGGCCGAAUCAAGGCCUAUGUCGCCAUAUUCGUGUGUCUCUCAUCCAGGGCUGUACACAUCGAGGUCGUGAGUGACAUGACGUCAGAAGCCUUCCUUGCCGCUCUGCGCCGUUUCAUCAGCCGGAGAGGCAGGUGCUCUGUGAUUUCUUCAGACAACGGAACAAAUUUCAAGGGUGCUUGCAAUGAGUUGAAGGAGUUAUACCUGCUCCUAAACUCCGAGAAGCUGCAGCAGGAGGUCAACAGCUAUGUUGCAGAGAGAGGGAUUACCUGGCAUUUCAUCCCACCCCAAGCACCUCAUGUGGGAAGUAUCUGGGAAGCGGCGGUGAAAUCCUUCAAACAUCAUCUACUCAGAGUCGCUGGAACCACCCUAUUGAGUUUCGAAGAUCUCAUUACGCUGGCAGCCGAGAUCGAAGCCAUCCUAAACUCUCGUCCCCUGACUCCUAUGUCAUCAGAUCCCAACGAUCUCUCUGCUCUCACCCCGGCUCAUUUCCUCAUCGGUGACACAUUCACCAACAUUCCUGAGCCUAAUUUCAUCGAGACUCCAAGCAACCGCUUGUCCUCUUGGAAGUGGAAGAGAGGUGAACACGAUAUCAAGGAGAAUUCCAUUGUUGUCAUCGGAGACGACAAUCUACAUUCCCUCAAGUGGAAAUUGGGGAGAGUCAUCAGUGUCCAUCCAGGUGGGGAUGGAUUCAUCAGGACUGUCAAAGUGAAGACAGCCUCAGGUGUCUAUACGCGCAAUGUCAAGAAGUUGGCCGUCCUACCUGUGGAGCCCUACGCCACCAGCCGUCAACCAACACAUGACCAACCCGAGAGCAUGGCAGCUACGCUUGAUCGGACAAGCCUCUCAACGGGGGAGAAUGUUGAGUCGUGA